UUCCUUCAACACCAUCCAUCCUCUCAUCUCUUCUCUUCUUCCUCGUUAUCAACUCCACUUGGGAGCUUGUGCAACUCUUCUCUUCACUUCCAUUACUCCUCUGCUUCUUCUGCUCUCCUCUACAUCAAUUCCCAAAACCCCAUAUUCAUUAACCCAAUUUCCUACCCUCCAACUACCUACACACCCCAAAAGCAGGGGAAAUGGCUCCAGACACUGAUUAUGGGAAGAGCCUUAACAACAACAACAACAAUGGCUUCCCUCACCACCAAGUCCUCAAUGUCUCAUCCACCGUUCAACCCCAACCCGCCCCCUCCAAGUGGUUCGACGACGACGGUCGACCCAAGCGAACCGGGACUGUGUGGACGGCGAGUGCCCACAUCAUAACGGCUGUGAUCGGCUCCGGCGUGCUGUCGUUGGCUUGGGCCACUGCUCAGCUCGGAUGGAUCGCCGGUCCUUCCGUUAUGUUUCUCUUCUCCUUCGUCACUUACUACACUUCCACUCUCCUCGCUUCCUGCUACCGCUCCGGCGAUCCCCUCACCGGGAAGAGAAACUAUACCUACAUGGACGCAGUCAAAUCCAAUCUCGGGGGCUCCAUGGUCAAACUUUGUGGCAGUGUUCAGUACAUGAAUCUCUUCGGUGUAGCAAUUGGAUACACAAUCGCAUCUUCCAUCAGCAUGAUGGCGGUGAAGAGGUCGAACUGUUUCCACGCGAGCAAGGGGAAAGACCCAUGCCACAUGAACGCGAACCCAUACAUGAUCGCAUUCGGAAUCGUGGAGAUAAUCUUCUCCCAAAUCCCCGACUUCGAUCAGCUCUGGUGGCUCUCCAUUGUCGCGGCCGUCAUGUCCUUCACUUACUCCACCAUCGGCCUGGGCCUCGGCGUGGCACAAGUCGUACAGAACGGGAAAAUCCUCGGCAGCCUCACCGGAAUCACCAUCGGUCCAUCCGUCACCCAAACCCAGAAGAUCUGGAAGAGCUUCCAAGCCCUCGGCGACAUCGCUUUCGCUUACUCCUACUCCAUUAUCCUCAUUGAAAUCCAGGACACGAUCAAAUCCCCACCGGCGGAAGCCAAGACGAUGUCGAAAGCAUCACUGGUCAGCGUCUCCGUCACAACUCUGUUCUACAUGCUCUGCGGCAGCUUCGGCUACGCAGCAUUCGGGGACAAAUCUCCAGGAAACUUGCUAACAGGGUUCGGCUUCUACAACCCGUACUGGCUUCUCGACAUCGCCAACGUCGCCAUUGUAGUCCACCUCGUCGGAGCUUACCAGGUGUACUGCCAGCCCCUUUUCGCCUUCGUCGAAAAGCAGGCUGUCCAGAGAUUCCCUGACAGCUACAUCAUCACCAACGACAUUCGAAUCCCACUAGGCGGUCGCCGCCAUUACAACCUCAACAUGUUCAGAAUGGUUUGGAGGACGAUCUUCGUGGUGCUGACAACUCUGAUUGCGAUGCUGCUUCCGUUCUUCAACGGCAUCGUGGGUUUGCUUGGAGCGUUGGGGUUCUGGCCGCUGACAGUCUACUUCCCUGUGGAGAUGUACAUUGCGCAGAAGAAGAUCCCCAAAUGGAGCACCAGAUGGAUCUGCCUCCAGAUUCUGAGCGCUGCUUGUUUGAUCAUUACUGUUGCUGCGGCUACUGGUUCGAUUGCUGGAGUUCUUCACGAUCUCAAGACCGCCAAGCCUUUCCAUACCACGUAUUGAUGAUUUAAGGGAAGGAGGAAACGAAAGAAAAAAUGGGUUUCAUAAAUAAGGAGAAGCUCAGCUAUAGGGCAGAUGAAUUGUUGUGUUCCCUCGUGUCCAUAAGGUCCGAAUUUUAUGUUGUACUAAAAUCUAGCUGUUCAAUGGUUGUAAGUUGCUCUUGUUGUCAAUCUUUCAGCUCUGUAAUUGUCCAUUGAUUAUUAUCUUUGCUUCAAUGAAAAUUGGGAAAGCAAGCAAGUAUGGAUUUCUAUGCACAUCUCAUCU